UAUAGUUCUUCUCCUCCCUUUUCUGCCUCAUAACGUCAGUCGUUACGUCAGCGGAGUCCCUCAGCCGUGGGAAUCUGCCGGGACCUACUUGGGGUACUGACUUCUCAAUUACUGGCACGUCUGUCUUACUCAGGUUUUGGUAACAUGAGCUUGUCAUGUAAAUACUGGAAGUCAUAGCAGUGCCAUUACCUUCGAUUAUCAGAAAUUCAGCGGGUUCUUCCGUAUGUUGUAUUAAAAUAAUGGAAGAAAAAGAGGCCAUGGAAGUAGAAGAUAUACUUCGACUGAAUGUCGGAGGCUGUAUCUACACAGCUAGGAAGGAAUCUCUUUGUCGAUUUAAGGAUUCCAUGCUUGCUGCAAUGUUCAGUGGGCGUUUUCCACUGAAGCGUGAUGAGUCAGGGGCAUGCCUUAUAGAUCGAGAUGGAAAGUUGUUUAAGUACCUGCUAGAUUACUUACAUGGCAAUGUUUUGAUUCCUGACACUGAAGAAAGCCGACUUGCCUUACAGGAUGAGGCAGAUUAUUUUGGUAUUCCUUAUCCGUACAAUCUGACUGACCACUUGGCCAAUGAGAUGGAGACUUACUCUGUACAAACAAAUAUGGAACUUAGAAAGGCUUUGUCAGACCUGUGUGAUUCAUAUGGCUUGUGCUGUACAUCAUCCAAAGUAUGGGUCCUUCACUACCUCAACACCUCUGGCAGUAGCUGUGAGAAUAAGGUCCUCGGUGUAUAUGCCACCAAGCAGGAUGGAAUCAAGGCCAUUGAAAAACAGCUGGGAAAUCGGAUACACAGCAAAAGCAUUUUCAAGAGGGAAGCACGCAACAAUGUUCAGUAUAUAUGGAGCUAUUAUUCAGCUUCUGAACUCAAAUCGAUGAUGGAUGCCUUUGACGCUUGGCAGGGAAAAGGAAUCAGUUACUGGCGAGUGCCACGAGACCUAAUAGAAUGCUGGACCCUGGAAGGAUGGUCGGUAGAAGGAGAUCCACCAGUAAUUCAAAAGCGGAGACUGAUAUCUUUUAAUGAAGAGGAAGAGGGAGAUGAAGAAGAAAAUACAACCAAAACCGGUCGGAAGCGGAUUAAGUUUUCUGGUCCAUCCACUAGCACAUGUAUUAAAGUGAAAAACUCCUUGAAGGAAAUUACACCGGGAGUUACUGCUAAUGGUUCAAGAACUCCAGACAGAAAAAUUUGCAUCAAUAUUCCUUCUUGCAAAGUAAUUCGUCUCACGAAAAGAACUGAAAGUGAGGCAGAGGAGAAUCGCAGUUCUUCUGAAACUCAGCCUGUUGUAUCUGAUACAUCAGCAGAGUCGUCAGAGACUGUAAAGUGCCAGAGAACUGAAAAUACUGAAGUAAGUGGACCAACUAUUAGAGUGUUUGUACCAGAAAGAAAAAGUACCGGCAGAGUGAUUAAACUGAAACGACCGCAGCUGUUAUCACCAUCCCGCGUACCCACAAACUCCUCAGAACCAUCAUCCAAGACUGUUCAGCCAGAAACUGCUUCCUGUCAAAUGGCAAACACUUCUGUAGAGCAGAGUACUUUGAGUAAUACAAUAGAAGAGGAUGUGGCAGCUGGAGACACAAAAGAGGAAGUAGUGAAAUUAGAACUAACAACUCUGAAUAAUGCAGCUGAAGAGGAUGUGGUAGAUGUAGCGUCCAAAGAGGAAGCAGACAAUUUACAACUAAAAACUUUCUGUAAUGCAACAGAAGAAGAUUUGGUAGCUGUAACAUCCAAAGAGGAAGCAGAGAAUUUAGAACUAAAAACAUGAUUGUAAAAUCCUUGUUUUCAGAUUUUCUACCUGUAACUUGCAUGUGUGUUUUUCUGGCUUUUCAUUUCACUGAGAAGGGAUUACAUUUUUUUUGGUCCCACCCCAUUGUGAACAUUUUUUAUUUUGUGGAAUUUCUGGUGCAGAAGCAGAAAACUAAUUUUUAUUGUAUUUUGUUACAAUUUUUGCAUCUCUGUUGCUCACUUUCUAGCUAAAAAGCUUGAUAUGAUGUUCUUUUAUAUCAUAUAUAUUCUGCUGUAGCUUUUCUUUCUUUGCUUUCUAGCCUUUUAACACUUCCACAAUUUAGGGAGAACUUUGCCCAGAUGUUUUCCUGCAGUAAUAUUCCACUGACUGGCAGAAUCCCUGCCUUCCUGCUUUGUCCACUUUGGCUUUGCAGGUGAGUAUGUGAGUUGGAGUACAUAUGUGGAUAUGAUGGUGUAUUUUUACAAAAAGAUACUCUGUUGCAGAAAUGGGUGGUCUUAUUGGGAAGGGGAUUUUGAAGUGCUCACUGAAUGUUUCCUGCCAUUGUUUACAUUGCUGUUUCCAUACAUUCGUCUACUGAACAAUAAAGUCCUGUGACUGGGUAAUAGGUUCA